ACCUAGUGAGGCAAAUACAUAAUUGAGUCAUAUUCUAGUCUAAAGUCUAAACACACCAAUCAAAAUUUCCGACGGGGAGUUCAGGCAUACCUUAAUUGAUCUUUGAUACGUCUGGAGAAGUUGAGAUGAGUUCUGAAAAGCAAACACGAAGACGAUUAUCAUGCGCCCCUUACUUCGAUGCACUCUGGUUCUGUUACUCUCCAGUCCAUCAGAUGCAGCAGUACUAUAGAGUUGGUGUCCUUGAUAAUUGUAGUCAGAAGUGGAGUGGUCUUGUUGAUUGUCUGACAUUAAAAACCAAAAGGUCUUCUGAAGUGGAGGAGAUUUUGGAAACACGUGAGAAAGAGAAGCCUCAACUGUGGUCGACGCGAACCCCAGAAGAAGCCGCGGCUCAUUGGAGAGAACUCUUUGACCAUCUAGAUGAAGAGUAAAAUUCUAAGACUGUUUCAUCAGCCCGAUUGAUACGAGAAAGAUCAUUUUUUCUCAUUAGAAAUAAUUUUCUUCCAUAUUGAUUCAUGCUUCAAAAAUGUUAUAGAGUGCGUGUUAUUAUCAAAGAGUGGGUUUCUGGAGAGGCAGCAGUUUAGAAAUGUUUGUCAUAGGAACUUUAUGUUGGAAAUUUCUCUCUUUUUUUUUUUUUUUUUUUUUUUUUUUUUUUGAAGAUAGAA